CCUCGGCGUGGGGCAGCCUGGGCACGGAGCUGCGGGGCGCGCUGGAGCUCGGCCACCGCCCGGCGCCAUGGCGGGGGCUGGCUCUGGGGUGGCCGGAGCCCGUUCCAGCCCCGAGCGCAGACACACAAGCCAGAAAGCAUAUUGCACAGCCGCUACUGGGAGCAGCCACCCGAGCGUCCCGGGGACAGCGGACACCGGUCUCAUCCCAGAGCAGCCGGCGGCGCCCGUACCCACACGGGGCGAGGAUAGGAUGCUGCGCUGGAGCGUGCUGGUGCUGUGCCUGCUCCUGCCCUGCUCGGCGCAGCAGCACCAGGAGGAGGCCAAGCGCAUCAUGGAGACCACGCCGGUCAUCGAUGGGCACAACGACCUGCCCUGGCAGCUCCUCAAAAGGUUCAACAACCAGCUGGGGCUGCCGGAGGCCAACCUCACGCAGCUGACCGGCACGCACACCAACAUCCCCAAGCUGAACGCCGGGCACGUGGGCGGCCAGUUCUGGUCGGUGUACGUGCCCUGCGAGACGCAGAACAAGGACGCGGUGAAGCGCACGCUGGAGCAGAUCGACGUGGUGCACCGCAUGUGCGAGCUCUACCCCGAGACCUUCGCCUGUGUCGUCAGCAGCGCCGGCAUCGAGGCGGCUUUCCAGAACAAGAAGGUGGCCAGCCUCAUCGGCGUGGAGGGCGGCCACUCCAUCGACAGCAGCCUGGGCGUCCUGCGCACCUUCUACCACCUGGGCGUCCGCUACAUGACCCUCACCCACAGCUGCAACACGCCCUGGGCUGACAACUGGCUGGUGGACACCACGCAGGAGUCGCCCGUGCACCACGGCCUCUCGUCCUUUGGGAAGACCGUGGUGGAGGAGAUGAACCGCCUGGGCAUGAUCGUGGACCUGGCCCACGUCUCAGUGGAUACCAUGAAGAUGGUGCUGAACAUCUCCAAAGCCCCCGUCAUCUUCAGCCACUCGUCCGCCUACAGCCUCUGCCCGCACCGCCGCAACGUGCCGGAUGACGUGCUGAGGAUGGUGGCCUCCAAGGAGGGGCUGGUGAUGGUCAACUUCUACAACGAGUAUGUGACGUGCAGUGACAAGGCCAACCUGAGCGACGUCGCGGACCACAUGGACCACGUGAAGAAGGUGGCAGGCGCCCAGUCCGUCGGCUUCGGCGGGGACUACGACGGCGUCACGGGGGUCCCCACGGGCCUGGAGGACGUCUCCACCUACCCGGCGCUGGUGGCGGAGCUGCUGCUCAGGAACUGGACGGAGCAGGAGGUGAAAGCGGCGCUGGCGAACAACCUGCUCCGUGUGUUCAGGAAGGUGGAGGAGGUGAAGAUGUCCCUGCAGGGCACGGCGCCCCACGAGGAGCCCAUCGCCUUCAAGGAGCUGGCAGGGGAGUGCAGGACGAGCUACGGCUACAGCGACACCAGCGGGGCCGGCCCAGCCCCGCUCCUGCCGGCAGCCCUGGUCCUGGCGCUGCCCCUGCUCAGCACCCUGCUCUCCUAGCAUCCUGCCUGUGGGUGCUGGGCAGCCCCGGCAUGGCCGGAUCCUGCCGCACCUUACCCCGAGCAAAAUGAAGCUGUGCCUGGCGUCCCGCUGGCUGCGCGCAUCGCCCCCGAGCCCCCAGGGCUGUGUGGUGGGGUCGGCACCUGCCCCGCUGCAGUGACGAGCCACCACGGCGUGUCACCGGCCACCCCGGCACCCCGAUGGCACCCCAGCACAGCACCGGUCACCCCGGCGUGGCGGAGGCAGCCGGUGGGUGCCCACCGCACCAGGAGUGAGACAUCGCCGCAACACCCGGCCAGGUGGCGGCGGGGCUGCCUCCGCAGGAUGCUUCCAUUAAUCAUUAGCGAAUUAAUUGGUUA